AUGAAUAUAACUUAAAACAGGGAUCCCAGAGUACCUUUUGACAUCAAUUAUAGUCAGUCUUUAGUCAAAUCUAACUUCAAAUUAUCAAGCUGCGUUCAUAGUUAAAAUAACAAACUAAUGGGACAACUCAUAGGUAACCGAUAUGAACUGUUAAGAUUUUUAGAAAUUGGGAUGCAAACAACACCACUUAUGGAGGAAUCAGCACAAUGGAAGCAAAAAAUUAGAUGGGUGAAUCAAAGGAUUAAGAUUGGACUGAAGCACAGCUAACUAUCAAAAAGACAGCGAAAUAGAGCACUUGAACUUGACUAUCUUAGAAAAAAGAAUAACCUUAAUGGAGAGAGAGCUCAUACUUAAGAGUCAAUUUAAUCGUCUCGAGUGCCGAAAUUUACAUUUGGUGAUGCUUCACUUGAAAGGUCGAUGUUAUAUGAUCAGUCGAUAUCGUACACAGCUAAUACUAAUACUAGGUCAAAAGAAAAUUAUGUUCCCCCUCCAUCAACGACAAAGCCACUCCCAUCAAAGAGAAUAUCUAAUAAGCUUCUUUGGAAUCAUGAAAAGACUCAGUAACUAAACAGAAGCUCUUUCGAUGAGCAAUCCAAUACUACUAACUUAACAACAUUAGUUAAUUAGAUAUCCUUAAAUAAUAGCCCUAAACGAUAGAGAAAUCUCAGAGAGUUAAAAUUUUAGAGAUCAAACUUUAAUAGAUUACAAUACCAAAACAUCAGCUAGCUUAUUUAAACUAACAGUAACCUAAGGUCUAAUUCCCCUUCUGUUCUGAUAGACAAUAAUCUUAUAACAGAGUAAAGUCUUAAUGUAAACAGUAUAGGAAAUGUAUCAAACAGAGUAACAAUAGAUAAAAUAAAUGUAUCCUACCUAGAGUGCCACAACAAUCCUUUCCAAACUUUAAGUUUGUAAGAGAGAUUAAAGUCAUUUAAAAAUAAGCUGAUCUCUACGAAUUUUGAGAAAAAGUUUAGAUAAAGAUUGGCUUUGAUGAAUUCAACUUAACGAAGUUCGAUUGAAGCAUCUCCUAAGAAUCAAAAUAACAUGCCUAAUAAAUUUAUUGUCUUUAGAAACCGAAAAAACAGUGAGUUCAAAAGAUAAUUAUAAACAAGUCAUGUAAUGACCAGGGAAUAUAAUAAUACCGAUAUUUAAGCAGCUCAAACAUUUAGGAAUAAACAAGCUCACACAAGAGUUCCAAGUAGAUUCCAAAAUAAUAAAAUACUUGACCUUGAUGAUGAUGAGCCAGCCUAGGAGUAGAGUACAUUUUUAACACAAGCGCAAUCCAAUUAAAAUUUGUAGAGGAAUUUAUAGUUUUUGCAAGAAAGGUAAAAGGAAAAGAGCAAGAAAUAUGAUGAAUAUCAGAGACAGCGAGAUCAGAGGAAUAAAGAGAUUGAUGAGUAGUUAAACAGGGAAAGCUCUACUUUGAAGCUUAUCAACUAGCUUUUGGAUUCAUCAUAAUAUAUUGUUCCAAAAGUUGGGGAGAUGAAUAAGAAGGAAAGUCAUAUAGCUCUGAAUGAUUAAUUAGACAAGUCUAACUCGGCCAAUCUUAGCAGCAAUGCUACUCCUAAUAAAGGUUUACCUGUGAAUGUGGAUGAGGAAUUCUUUUAAAGAGUUCAAUUGCUUAAGAACUCAGCUGGGACUAAUAACAUUCCACUAAAAGCUAAACAGUACUAUAAGCAAGAAGGUAUGCUAGAAAAACUUUUAGUGCUAGACAGAUUAGAUAAGAAUUUACAUAUGAAGAUAGAGGCUUAGCAGAUCUUUCCUCAGAAUAAAUAAGAUAGUCAAUUAGAGUCAAUCUACAAUGUAUCAACAAUCGAACACAAUAGAAGACAAAAGCAAGGUAAAAAGCUAACUAGAUUUAAAGUCAUCUGA